UUAAUGCCACUGAAAGUUAGCCCGCUUUUAUGCACGCGUUUUUUGUCGCCUGUCGCGUGGCGACAAAAAACGCGUCGUUUUCUCAACGCAUUGCCUUGUAUGUAGCCAUUUAUGCAUCAACGACGGUGAGCCGCUCGAUGCCCGUGUCGCGGCGUUCUCAAAUUUGGUCGCCUGGAAUUUGAGAACGCGUGGCGACAGGCGUUUUGUAAUUGGUGGGUGUUGUCUAAAGACUGAAGACGUGUGCUACAAUGGAACAUCUGGAUGUCGAACUAUUCAUCGACGCAAUAGAAAAACGACCAUCUUUGUGGGAUUCAUCGUCAGGAGACUACAAAAACAGACAGCUUAAAAGAGACGAUUGGAAGGAAGUGUGCGAAAUUGUUAUCCAAAAAUUUGGGGAAAAAGAUGAAAAAGAAAGGCAGGAAAUUGGUAGAGAAGUUCAACUUAAAUGGAAAAGUCUGAGGGAUGCUUAUGCUCGUACCAUUCGACAGUCUAAGGGAAAAAAAUCAGGAGCGUCUGCUAAAGCUGUAAAAACGUACAUCUAUGCUAAACAAUUAGGAUUUUUACGAAAGGUGACUGGUUCCCGUCAGACAGAGAGCUCACUACCAAGUACAUCAAGAGAGGGCCAAGAAGAUAUGGAUGUUUCAAAGGACAUAAAUGACAUGCAAAGUACUUCAUCAGAUGUCCAACAUACUCAGUUCGACAGCCAAAUGGAAACUGGACGAACUCCUAGUAGAAGUACUCUCUAUAGAAGAAAGAAAUCAGAUUUAGAAAGUAAACUUGCAAGCUAUAUUGAUUCCCAUAACAGACAGCCAGCAUUAGCUAUACAAAGUCAACCACAAGAAACUGAUGGCAUGGCCUUUUUUAGAUCAUUACAAGCAAGUUUAGAUACGCUCACUCCGAAUGAGAAAUUGAAUUUUCGAAUAGAGGUCAUGCAAUUAUUAAGCCGAUAUACUAACAAACAACCAAAUCAGUAUAUACACAAUUUUCCAAAUCAUAUACCCCAUUACCAACCACAGCAAUAUCCAGUAAUGACCAACAUCUCUAAUAUACGUUUUAAUACGCCAGCACCUCCAUUCGCAUCAUAUUCUACAGUAUCAUCUGAGAUCACACCUCAUUUGCCUCAUCCUAAUACUGAUACUACUGAAUCACUUGCUGUGACGUCACCACAAACGCCAUUUUCUCCGACGGAAUCGGAAAAUUCAAUAAUUUCACAAGCCGAAUCACUAAUAUCACUGUUAUCAAAUCAAUAA